AUGAUUGCUUACUUGGAGAGAUGUAUCCACGAGAACGAUAGCGAAUCCAGACCAAACGAUGACGAGAAAGACCAGCUUCCAAAUAUAUGUCACUCUCUAGACCUCCAAGGCACCAUCGAUUGUGUGGCUACCGGUUUAGCCAGUAAAGAUUUCGGCGGCAUGUACACAUGCAAUCCUCUAGCUCUAAUCAGACCUGCAAGUCCCGAUGACGUGGCACGCGUCGUUAAAGCAGCUUACCGGUCACCCAAUUUGACGGUUGCGGCAAGAGGUAAUGGACACUCAAUCAACGGGCAAGCCAUGAGCGACCGAGGACUUGUCAUGGACAUGAGGUCCACGGGAGGAAACCUUUUUGAGGUUGUAAGAAUCAAUGGGGAAACCUUCGUUGAUGUGUCGGGAGGGGCAUUAUGGGAAGAUGUGUUGAAACAAUGCGUUUUGGAGUAUAAACUAGCUCCAAGGUCAUGGACUGAUUACCUUGGUUUAACGGUCGGUGGCACGUUAUCUAACGCCGGUGUAAGCGGACAGGCUUAUCGGUUUGGUCCACAAACGAGCAACGUAGCAGAGUUGGAUGUUGUUACUGGUAAAGGAGAAGUAAUGACUUGCAAUAAAAAUGAAAACAGUGAAUUGUUUUUUGGUGCACUUGGUGGUCUUGGCCAGUUUGGUAUCAUUACCAGAGCUAGAGUUUUGGUCCAGUCAGCUCCAGACAUGGUGAGAUGGAUAAGGGUGGUUUACACUGAGUUUGAAGACUUUACUCGGGAUGCCGAGUGGCUGGUGACUCGGCCAGAGGGAGAGUCAUUCGAUUAUAUUGAAGGGUUCGUGUUUGUGAACAGUAUCGAUGACCCUGCAAAUGGGUGGCCAUCUGUACCGUUAGACCCGGAUCAAGGGUUCGAUCCAAGCCGUAUCCCUCGAACCUCUGGCUCCGUUCUUUACUGCCUUGAAGUAGCUCUGCAUUACCAAAAGACUGACCACCCCUCCACGGUGGACAAGGCUGUAAACAGCUUGCUUGGACAGCUAGGAUUUAACGAGGAUGUGAAAUUCCAAGUGGAUGUGAGCUACGUGGGGUUUUUGUUGCGUGUGAAGCAUGCAGAGGAAUCUGCUAGAGCAAAUGGAAUCUGGGACGCUCCUCACCCUUGGUUGAAUAUGCUGGUGUCCAAGAGGGACAUAGCUGAUUUUGAUCGUGUGGUGUUCAAGAGGAUGUUGAAAGAAGGUGUUGGUGGGCCCAUGCUAGUCUACCCUCUACUGCGAAGCAAGUGGGACAGCCGGACAUCUGUGGCAUUACCAGCAGAAGGGGAAAUCUUUUACUUAGUGGCAUUGCUCCGAUUCACCAUGCCAUACCCAAAGGGCCCUUCUACCGAAAAAUUGGUGUCUCAAAACAAAGAGAUUGUCCAAUUUUGUGUGAAGGAAGGUUUCGAUUUCAAAUUAUACCUUCCUCACUACCAAUCUGAAGAGGAAUGGAAAAGACACUUUGGAAAUCAAUGGUCGAGAUUUGUUAAGAGGAAGGACAGUUUUGAUCCCAUGGCCAUCCUUGCACCAGGGCAAAAAAUUUUUAAGAGGAUCUCCCAAUCCUAG